CAUGCAAACUACGUACGGCAAGCAGCUGAGGAUUACUUAGCUAGGCGGCAAGCUCGUAACAAAUCGAUGACACGUUCAAUGACUUCCGGUUCGGCUGGCCCGAUUCUAGCAAUGGGUAAUGUGCAUUAUCUGCCAGCAGCUAAAAGUGGUACCUUCUUUGCUCGAGACAACGUUUCGAAUUUCAUUACAUGGUGCAGAAAAAGCCUUAAAAUAAUUGAGUGCCUAUUAUUCGAAACUGACGAUCUCAUUAUGAGAAAAAACGAAAAACAUGUUAUUUUAUGCCUUUUGGAAGUAGCAAGACGUGGAGCUAAAUUUGGAAUGCUAGCACCAAUGUUAGUUCAAAUGGAACGACAAAUCGAUCGAGAGAUCGCAGCGGACAACAAAGCGAACGGAGUCGGCUAUGGUUUACAAACUGAGGGUAAAUUUUCUGGGUGCACACAAGCUGAUAUUAGUGUUGGAACCAAUGACGUGGCAACAGAAGUAGAUUUUUUCGACACAGACUCCGAAAAUGAUGACGAAGAUGAUGAAGGACCAAUGCUUAUGUAUGGUCCUCAACCACAAAUAAUUACAAAUGACUUAAAGAGCCUUGAUGAAAUGGUCAGAGACUUAGUAGAAAAAUGCACUUGUCCAUCACAAUUUCCAAUGAUUCGCGUUUCAGAAGGCAAAUAUCGCAUUGGUGAUACUAAGGUUUUAAUCUUUGUUCGGAUUUUGCGCUCUCAUGUGAUGGUACGAGUUGGUGGAGGGUGGGACACUCUUGCUCACUAUUUGGAUAAACACGACCCAUGUCGUUGUAAGGCACAACAUCGGUCUUCAGUAGCUGCACGUCUCAUUCCACGCACUAAUAAUCAAACGAACGGUAUCGAGUUACACAAAGCACAAGUUAUAUUCGAAAGAUCACCACCCACAUCACGUAAAAUCGUUUUAAAUUGUAAUAACCAAAUUAUUUCGAAUCAAAUGCGGUGCAACAAUGCAUCGAUUUCGCCAUCUUUGGGAAACAAUACAAUUAAUAAUCUAUCGGGUUUCCAAGCUGAAAGCAAAACCCGCAGCCGAAGUCCAACACCGCAGCGUAAAUUUUUUAAUCAGCAGGUUGUUGCGAACACUAUAGAUACUAUUACACCCAACAAUGCAGAAAAAGUACAUCAAAGUGCAUCAAAUGGUUUAUUGUCCUCACCAUUCAUUAAUCGUAGGUCAAUGUCACCCAGUCCAAGGCGACUAAUCGAUAUGCGUAAAAAGCAGUCAUCACUCGACUCAAGUAAUAAUGGAUCGAAAUUACGGCCAAGUAGUAAUGAAAUUAGCAGCAAUCAUGUACAAUUCGAACGUUUGAAUUUAGGUCAAGUAGAAGUAGGAGAACCGGUCAAUAUUCAGCAUAAUAGCGUGGGUGAACCUAGCACAAACACAAACAAAUUUGAAAACGUCAGCGAUAAUGGAAGCGAAAUAAGCGACGAGGGCUAUCGUAGUUUGGGCGUCAUUCAAUCUAAUCUACAGAAACGCGAAUCACUCUAUAGUCAAAACUCCAUGGAUGACGCUGAAAAUAAUGUGCGUCAAGAGCAAACAUCAAGUGAAUCACCUUUAUCUCCGAUCGAAGAUCAAACGAUAUCUGCAAAGACUCCAGAAAUAUCAAAUUUAGAUUACCUGAAUGCUACGUGUGACUCCGUUAUAGAUGGUCCUCAAUCAUUGCCAGUUAAUUUAUCUUUAGCAUCAAUGAAUACCACUUUUGUCAUUGAUAAAUUUGAACAGUCUGGUGUAUUUAUUACUGAUGAUGACAUUACAGUUGACAUAGCGAGCUCAACAGGCUUAAAGAAAACAAAUUUUUCUAAUAAAAUAUUCGGUAUUGAUGAAUCCGCAAACUCUUGUGAGGACAACAAGUCAGGAAUUAUUAAAUCGAUUAAAGUGAGCAAAAUACCUCGUUCACCUGUACCACAACGACGUCGCAGCAUAGACAAUGGCACUUGUAGUGGAAGUUUGCAAGACUUAUCUUCCAACACAGGCUUGUCGGCAUUCAAUCGAAAGAAGCCAAUUUAUAGAUCGGUUCGCAAACCACAUACUCCCAUCCAAACUAAAAAAAGCCCAGCAACAUGCAAACAACCUCCGUUUGUAGUGCGUGAAAUCACAAAUACUUGGAAUGAUCGUACAACAAAUACAGCAAAGAAACGUACCCCGAUUAAUAUUGACACCUUUAAUCCAAUCGAUACUGCUACGACAACUUACAAUGGACCAUUUGAACGAAACAUAAAAACUCGUUCCUCACAAACAUUAUACGACAGUAACGGACGUCGCAUUAAGGGAUGCACUGUUUCUCUUACGACAUCACCAGUUAAAAACCACACUUCCUCGUCUUUGGCGCAGCAAUUGCUUGAGGCGGCAAGCAGUGCUAAAAAUGAUGCACAAAUUUUGGAAAAAAUGAAAUGUUUACUAUCACGUUAUUCGUCAAGUAAUCAACCCCUCUCUAGUUCCAAACCAAUCAACAAAAAACCUAUGUAUGAUGAUUUUACCACAGCCUGGGUGCACAAUAAUGGUAACUUGGAACGCUCAAACAGUUGUUCUCCGCCAACAAGAACUGGCGCCAAACGUGGAUCAGCAGCUUCUUCCACAGAGAGCACACACUCACGUGAUAUGUCAGUUAUUGUUUCUCCUAGACGCGACAGGGGCAUAUCCAAAAUUCCGGCACCCGUCAGACAGCAUACCGAACUUUACUAACAACGAAUACAGGCUGUAAGACAUGCAAAUGAAACUCAGCAAAAACAGUUAGGGAAAAAUAAGUAAUACAGAAUAGUUCCGCAUAGAAUUACUAGAAAAAAGCAGUUUUUAAACUUGAAAUUUACCUUGAAUUUCAUCUCAUAUUUGAAAAAAAUUCGGUUUGUAAUAAACUUGAAUAUUAUUA